UUGAGAAGCCAGCGAGAGCUGUGAGGGUGUUUGUGUUUUGUCUCUAGCGAUUCAAUAGUCUUUGUGUGAGCCGUGAUCGAGUUGAUCAGACAUCGUUUUUAAAGGCCAUUUACUAUAUAACGUUUACGUUUUUUGUUUUUUUUUACAUUUUAAGCGACUUUUCUAAAGUUGGUUUGCUGUCUUUGGAUGUCAGGAGAUAACAUGUCGGGUGGCGGGAGCGUGGUUCGCGGCCCAGCGGGAAACAACGACUGUCGGAUAUAUGUGGGCAAUCUGCCCCCUGAUAUUCGUACUAAAGACGUGGAGGAUGUGUUUUAUAAAUACGGGGCGAUCCGAGACAUUGAUUUGAAGAACCGGAGAGGGGGACCACCGUUCGCCUUUGUUGAAUUUGAGGACCCCAGGGAUGCUGAUGAUGCCGUGCACGGUCGGGAUGGUUACGACUACGAUGGUUACCGUCUCCGGGUAGAGUUCCCCCGGAGUGGGCGUGGCGGAGGACGUGGGGGUGGUGGUGGUGGCAGGGGCGGAGGAGAUGGAGGUGCCCCAAGAGGACGCUAUGGACCCCCGUCAAGGCGCUCUGAGUACAGGGUCAUUGUCUCAGGACUCCCUCCAAGCGGUAGCUGGCAGGACCUGAAGGAUCACAUGCGCGAGGCGGGUGAUGUGUGUUAUGCAGAUGUGUUCCGGGAUGGAACCGGCGUUGUGGAGUUCGUACGCAAGGAGGACAUGACAUAUGCGGUCCGCAAGCUGGACAACACCAAGUUCCGCUCUCACGAGGGGGAGACGGCGUACGUCCGUGUGAAGGUGGACGGACCUCGCAGCCCCAGCUAUGGACGGUCCCGCUCUCGUAGCCGUAGCAACGGGCGUAGCAACAGCCGUUCACGCAGCUUCUCUCCACCGCGACGCAGCCGGGCCUCUCCACGCUACUCGCCCCGUCAUUCACGCUCCCGCUCACGCUCCUAGACACGCGCACACACACACACACACACACACAAACACACACACACACACACCCAGCCCAGCAGCAUCCAUGGAGAGAGAUGUGACAUCAGCUGACUCAGAGACAGAUGCCCCCUGGUGGACCUUGUGAUGAAUUACAUCACUGUUCUAACAUUACUGUUGUCCCUGAUCCCCCACCUCUUUCUCUUGUCCACCUGUCUCUCUCUCGUCCACCUGUCUGUCUCUCUCUCUCUAGUCCACCUGUCUCUCUCUAGUCCACCUGUCUCUCUUCCUCCCUCAGUGUAAAAUGCUUUUCUGGUUCUGAUUGUUCUGGCUGGUGGGGGGGAUGGGUUUUUAUUAUUUUCCGUGACCUGUUGAGGUGUCUGUUGUGACAUUUUGUGCUGACCUCUGACCUGUCUGUCAUGUGUCUCUCUGUAGAGAUCACAGGAGCAAGCUGAUAGGCUGCUGGGACACAGGAAACAGAGCCUGAUUGGCUGGGACACAGGAAACAGUUCAUAUUAGGAUUAACAGGAGGAGGAGUCAAAUAAACAGCCAAUGGUAUGACUGCAGUAGUCUCUCAUCCAAUCAGCUCGCAGACCUGAUAUUUUUGUUUUUCUGACCCAGUGAUGUUAUUGAACUGGUUUUAACUUUAUUUUUUUACUGCUGUAAACUCUCUGCAUUCAGCUUCGCCACCUCCCUCUUUCUCCCCCCCUCCCUCCCCCAGUUUUCUAUACACUCCCUGGUCAGAGCGUAACAUGCAUGGCAUCCAUCCACACUGGUGCACCAGCUAGCUCAAAGGUUUUUUUGGAGUAUUUUUUAUUUUUUUUAAAUAUAAUACUACAAUAUUAAAUCUAUAAAAUAGGGCAGUGUCAAUACUAGCAGUAUCUUCGGUUGGUUUCAUUUUCACACUAAUCUUGGUUCAGAUAACUGAAUACAGCCACAUCUAUGACAGCCGGCGGAAAGCUAAAAGGCUGUGUUCUAGAUCAGGGUUAUAGUGUUCUGUGUUCUGAAUCGGGGUUCUAGUGUUCUAACCUGUUGCUCCUUCCCUCUCUCUGUUGGGUCUGGGAUCUGUCUCAAGGAGGGCUGUGAUUGGAGGAGGGCUCUCUGUCUCCCCAUCCCGGAGCCAAUCAGACGAUCAGGAUUCAGGAUCAGAGCAGGAUUCAGGAUUAGGAUUAGGAUUAAGGAUGGAAAGAAAGAACUCGGAGCGGGACAGGAGCAUAGGAUCGGGACCAGGCCACAUCUCAGCCCACUGGAACCUAGAAACUAGACCUAACUCAUUUGGCUCAAACAGGCUAAAUUACAGUUUCAUAGGAUUUUUUUUU